GGUUCGGCACGCAGCCGCAUGCCCCCCUGGUUGCUCUCGUGCUCCACCACGCCGACGGCUCCGCAACGCCGCGAGCCCGCUAAACCCUAACCCUAGAUUAGGGGGGCUGAGAGAGGGAGUGGGGAGGAAUCCAACCGGCGGAGGCGAUGGCGGCUAAGCGGGAGAUAUCGAGUACCCUGAGGAAUCUAAAGUUUAUGCAGCGCGGCGCGGCUGCGCAGAAGGUCGAGGAGAAGGCCAAGGUGGAGGUGCAGGAGGAGGUGGCGGCGGCGGCGGCGCCGAGUGGAGGAUUCGGCUCGUCGGCUCAGGUCGCUAGGAAGUGCAUAGUUAUCUUGGAGGGGAAUCCACAUCCAGGUGCUGUGAAGGGUCGAAUGUCAUUCCAAAAUUUCAAUCCAUCCAUUGAUAAACUAAAUGAAGAGGCCAGAGGUGACCACGAAUCAGAAUCAGCUUCACCUAGUAACCAUCAUCAAGAUAGUGCAAACUCCAGCAGAGGGGAUGAAGUUCCAGGAUCAAGAUUUAGAGGUUUUGACAUUGACAGUUCAGAAAGCAUAUCUCUGAAUGAACUGAAGAGGAAACAGCCUGAGCUUGAUAUGGAAACACCCUCUCAUAACCCACAAAAGACCAAUGUUGAUGGUAGAUCAUCUUCACAAAGCAACGGCCGCGGAUUGGAUAAGUCAAACAAGCGCGAAAAAAAGUUUGACUUCAAUCAUCUCAGACAAAAGAAACAAAAAUGAGGUUCUAGUUACCAUAAACAUGGCUAGCUCUUGUACCCCAUUUGUAGUUGUACUGGGUUGGCCAUUUUCCCUGUUCUGUGGAUUAUAUCUAGAGAGCUGGUAGCCAUACCUUGGCGCUCCUGUUCUUAACUUGUGAGGUCUGAGAUGCUUAUCAUUAUCUUUUCUGGUGAUGUAUUUUUUUUACUCCACUACUCUGUUGUAGUGUUGUAAGAUGAGUUUUGCAACAAUAGCAGCAGCAGCAGCAGCAGCAGCAGCAAGGAAUACAAUUUUGCCAAUGCUUUAUGUCA